CGCCUCGGGCGGAAACGGGGCGUGGGGUGUCUGUAUGAUGAGAGGCCCGUAAGCCUUCUUUUUCCCGAGCGCCUGCGAGAGACGGGAUUAACCAUGUCGUCCCUGGUCAGAAAGGUGAUCAGCACUGCGAAAGCUCCAGUGCCUCUUGGUGCCUACAGUCAAGCUGUGCAAGUCGACAGGACCAUAUACAUUUCAGGACAGGUAGGCAUAGACCCUGCAAGUGGACAGCUUGUACCAGGAGGAGUAAUGGAAGAAACUAAACAAGCUCUUACGAACAUAGGUGAAAUUCUGAAAGCUGCAGGCUGUGACUUCACUAAUGUGGUCAAAACAUCUAUCUUACUGGCUGACAUAAAUGACUUUGGGACUGUCAAUGAAAUCUACAAACAGUAUUUCAAGAGGAAUUUUCCCGCUAGAGCUGCCUACCAGGUUGCUGCUUUGCCCAAAGGAAGCCAAGUUGAGAUUGAAGCAAUAGCUGUCCAAGGACCUCUUACAACAGCAUCACUCUAAGUGGACCCAGUGUUUGUCUCUGGAAUUUCUAUCUUGUCUUUAAAUUAACAUCUUAAUUUUUACAAUUGAUGUUGGGCAGUGUAAGGUGUAAUUAAAACAUCUGACUCUCUCUACAACAAAGGAAAUAAGGGCAAAAUAGUUUCUGCUGGGUAUU